AUGAAGGCUUCAAAACUUGUGGUAUUCAGCGACUCCAAGCUGGUUAUCAAUCAGGUCUCUGAGGAAUAUGAGGCCAGGGAUGAAAGGAUGGCUAUGUAUCAAGCACUGAAUUUCAUCACCCAGUCUGGCAUCCCGAAAGCUCUCAUUUCGGAUGAUGGCACUCAGUUCGACGAAAAAUGUUUUCGCGAGUUUUGCGAGGAGUUAAAGAUUGAGUUCUACAAUUCAACACCGGCCUACCCCCAAUCAAAUGGUCAAGCCGAAGCUUCAAACAAAACCAUCUUGGACCGGCUGAAGAAGCGAUUAGAGAAGGCCAAAGGGAAGUGGGCUGAGAAACUUCCCAAUGUGCUCUGGGCAUACCGUACUACACCAAGGCGCUCAACCAGGGAAACUCCAUUUGCCUUGGCAUACGGCAUGGAGGCAGUCAUACCAUUGGAGAUUGGCAUGCCAACCAACCAAAGAAAGAAAGGAACGGGCUCUAAUCCACAUAGCAACUUACGAACAAGAGCUCUCCAAGAAAUACAACAAGACUGUGCAUCCUAG